AUGUCUGCAAAUGAUCCGAUUGAUAUGUCCCUUGAUGAUUAUAUUGCUCAAAAGAAAGUGAAAUCAUCGAAAAAUGGCAAAAAGAAAGGAAAUCAAGUCAAAAGUACUGGCAAGCAAUCUCGUGCAAAAGGAGGGAAAAAUAAUCAAGUGAUCGUCGAUGCAAGACAGAAACUGUCGAGACCGAACGAAAGAAGUACUAAUAAUCAAAAUUCAAGGAACAAGUUUCAACGCUCGGCUCCCUUCGAUGCCAGGCAAAUGAUUCAAGACAACCGUGGUGGAAUGAAACAGAAGGCACCUCGAAGGCAGGAUUACGAUGCUAGUAAUAAUUUACGCCGAGCUAGGAGACAAUCUAUAGACAAUGAUCGAAAGCGUCAAAGAUCUUCUCUUAUAGAGGAAAAACGUAAGAAGGCUUCUGAACGUAAUCGGAAAGAAGGAUCUCUAUUCAUCACGUUGCGCAAUGAAAGAACAAGUAAUCCUGCUGCAAAGAAUCCAAUUAAAUUUAAUUCCUCUACCACAAGCGCUAGUACUAAGAAUAUUAUAAAAGAUAGAGUACCUAACAAGACAAUCUUUGGUAGUAGUGGUACCAUAAAUAGUAGCAAAGCUAUUACUUCAAAGAGUGCUAAGGUUGACAAAAGUAGCUUGAUAUCGCCGGCAUCGCUUAAAGUUACAAUAUUUAACGAUUUACCGGAGCAAACGCCGAAAAAACCCGUAGAACAUGUGGUGGUUGUUAGCAAUCUAUAUUAUACCGUCACCGAAGAUGAUAUUAAGGAAUUAUUUGGAGCUAUUGGUAGAUUACGAUCUGCUAGACUCAAUACUAAUGGUAUUGCCGAAGUUGUCUAUGUCAAUGAAAGCGAUGCUAUUAAGGCUGUUUCCAGUUAUCAUAACCGGAGCUUAGACGGAUAUCCAAUGCAUUGCAAGCUAGUUACGGACCAUGAUUACGCACAGCGUGGCAAUUAA